AUGCCGAAGUCUCCUUUCAAAGUCGCUGAUAUUAGUUUGGCGGAUUGGGGUAGAAGAGAAAUUAAACUGGCAGAAAAUGAGAUGCCAGGGCUGAUGAUGAUGAGACGAAUGUAUGGAAAAGAUAAACCACUUUCAGGUGCAAGAAUAGCGGGUUGUCUUCACAUGACUGUCCAGACUGCAGUGUUAAUCGAAACUCUGGUUGAACUAGGAGCUUCCGUCCAGUGGUCAUCGUGCAACAUUUUCAGCACACAAGAUCACGCUGCAGCAGCUAUUGCGAAAACCGGAGUGCCUGUGUAUGCGUGGAAAGGCGAAACAGAUGAGGAGUACAUUUGGUGCAUAGAACAGACUCUUGUAUUUAACGAUGGUUUGCCAUUGAACAUGAUACUAGAUGACGGUGGUGAUCUGACAUCUCUUAUUCAUGAGAAACAUCCAGAUUAUCUUCCCGGAAUAAAGGGAAUUACAGAAGAAACAACAACUGGCGUUCGAAAUCUUUACAGAAUGCUUUCCAGUGGCCUAUUGAAAUGUCCAGCUAUCAAUGUCAACGAUUCUGUUACUAAAAGUAAAUUUGAUAAUCUUUACGGAUGCCGCGAAUCCCUAGUUGAUGGGUUGAAGAGAGCAACUGACAUUAUGCUUGCAGGAAAAGUGGCAUUAGUUGCGGGUUAUGGAGAUGUGGGGAAAGGUUGUUCCCAGGCCCUGCGUUCCUACGGCGCCCGAGUACUUAUUACAGAAGCCGAUCCAAUCAAUGCCCUACAGGCCGCUAUGGAAGGCUAUGAAGUUACAACAAUGGAGGAAGCGGCAAAAAAAGCUAAAAUAUUUGUUACUGCCACUGGUUGUGUAGACAUCAUCACUGGUUCACAUUUUGAGGAAAUGUUGGAUGAUGCAAUUGUCUGUAAUAUUGGUCAUUUCGACACUGAAAUUGAUGUCAAGUGGCUGAAUGAGAACUGUGUUAGCAAGGAGUCAAUCAAACCUCAGGUUGAUAGGUUUACUCUAAAAAAUGGAAGACACAUCAUUUUGCUUGCGGAAGGUCGUUUAGUGAAUUUGGGCUGCGCACAUGGUCACCCUAGUUUCGUGAUGUCUAACUCAUUCACAAAUCAAGUCCUGGCUCAAAUAGAAUUGUGGACAAAGCCUGAUCAAUAUAAAGUUGGUGUUUAUUUUCUCCCUAAAAGUUGGAUGAAGCUGUCGCUGCCGCUCAUUUGGAUCAGUUGGGAGUAA